AUGCCAGCAUUCAAAGACAAUGCCCCCGCCAUCGCCAGAUUCAAUACCGCUGUCAGCUUCGAAUUGGACAGGCAAUGUACCGAGCUAUUGAAUCAGUUUCGGACCCGCACCAUAUAUUCUCUCGGAGCUAAAUACGUGGAACUCGCAGAGAAUGCCUUUUACAAAUUUGCUUGCUCGUAUCCCUUUCUAAUGCACGCUUUAUUAGCUAUCACGGCCCUGCAUAAUCGCUACAUGGGCGUGCGGGAUUCCAGACAUGGGCGAAGUAUACCAGCAACUUAUCAUGCAUCUCAAUGCAUAACCCUCUUCAACCAUGCAUUAUCCCAACCUGUUCAGCCAGAAGCCCGGGACCCACUAUGGUUGACCGCGGCCCUUGUGGGGAUCAUUGCUUUCUCGUCAAUCGAAUCAUUGUCGCCAGAAGAAUCAUGGCCUCUGAAACCAUCGGAGCCGGGUGAUCUGGAUUGGCUGAACAUGUGCAAGGGAAAGAUGGCCGUCUGGAAGCUCACAGAUCCCUUACGACCCAACAGCGCAUUCCGGUCCACCUCUGACGAGUACGCCCAGCUGUUCGCUUCCAUUCCCAGUGUUGGAAUCGACAAUGUUCCCUCCUCCCUGUCCCGCAUCUGUGGCCUCGACUCAUCAUCCACGGCCGAAAACAGUCCAUACUUUACAGCGGUACAUGUUCUAGCUCAACUUCAAAACCUUCCCCAUGAUCGGGUGACGAUGGCGAGAUCUCUGGCCUUUGGGUUCCACAUGCAAAAAUCCUUCAAGGCUCGAUUACAAGAGAAAGAUCCCGUGGCUCUCUUACUGUUGGCUCUCUGGUAUCAAAAGGCCGGGCCGACUGUGUGGUGGAUUGACAGUCGGGCGAAUAUUGAAGGUCAAUCUAUCUGCCUCUAUCUACGGCGCUAUCAUAAGAGCAACCGACAAAUACAGGACCUUCUACCUCUCGACACACCUUCUGUCCCGUGA